AUGCUUCGAUCAUUUGCUAGGGCAUUAACGCGGUGGCCUCUUGUACAACAAAAGCAAGCAUUACAACAUGCGGGUAGAACCAUGACAACGCAGAGUGAAAGAACGAUGGAAGAAAUCAAUGAUGAUAGUGCGCAAUUUCCUCCAGGGGUUGAGGAUUUUGUGGGAAUAGAUUUGGAAUCAGAGUCAAAGCCGCGUUACAAUUUUGAAAAUAAUCUUAUGGUUAAUGUCAUUGUGGUACAAAUAGAUCUUGAGAAUCUGUUACAGUUGUUUGAAUUACUUGUUGCAUUCAUUUUCCUUUUUAAUAAUAGUGAAAAUCAUAUCGAAGUGACUGGCAUUGUUCGGGGACCUCCAAGGGUAUAUACCAUGCCUACUGGUCGACAGUACGCAAUCGUAAAACUAUCAACAACAGCUGUUGAUCGUCGAGGUUCAGGACGGUUCGUUUCCUUCAUAGAUGUUUUUGCGCCUCAUAAUAUUGUCGAUUACAUUAAGGAUCAUGUACGGGAAGGUGUACAGGUAUACGCAAGUGGUCAACUUCGAAGUAGGAUGCGGACGGAUGAGGAUGGACGGCCGUUCCAAGAUGUGCGAAUUCAGGCUAGCGGCCUCUUCAAGAUUGUCGAACCAAAACAUGCAGUGGAUAAUGAAAAUGUCAAGAAUAUUCAUGAUACGAAUUUAGAACUGAAAGAAAGUCAUUCAGGAAAUGUUGCUGAAACUCGGUCAGCUAAAUAA